ACACGUUUGAAACAGUACAAAAACUAUGAGAACCUCUCACGCCCUCGCCAAGACCUCGAAAAGGAAUGCUUGCAAGUAGAGAUGGGACAUGCUUUCUAUGACUUUCAGUUCAAUACCAGACUUGUCAAGUCAACAAUUGUGCAUUUCCAGGUUGAGAUUCUUAUUCAUAGUGUUUGUUUUCCUUCUCUGUCGUACUGGAUACUUAUUUCCGUUUUAGAUAUUCUUAUUUAUGGCUGUUUAGUUUGGAAUUGUUUUUAUUUUUCCUUCGUGAGGUUGACUACACAGUCCCUGUAUCGUCUUUGUAUUUUUUUUUAAUAAUAAAAAACAUAUAUUUUUUCUUUUCUGCCUAUUUUCGUGUUCGGUUGUCCUUUUAUCCACAGAGCAUGCUCAGUUUGGGAAAAAGUAGUAGUCUGCCGUGGUUGAUUUUGAUUUGUUGGGCCUUUUACAAAUUUGGCGUUAGAAGAUAUAAUUAAAUUUAGUGGAGCAGAUGGGUUUCGUAGUGAUUUCAAAUAGAUCUAAUCUUAAUACACGCCUGGUCAGGUAGAUAUUUCUUUUUGAUUUAUAAAUAUGUGUCCUAUCAAGAAACAGUUUCCUGUUCAAGAUGCAAACAGUUACCCCCACAGCCAUUAUUAGUCAUAUUUUACCUGAACAUCUCCUCCUCUGUCAUGGAUUCAAGCGCAAUAGGAUUAAUCUUUUAUCAGUUGUGGUCGUUCAGAUCAUUGAGUUAGAGAUUUACUUUUAUGCUUGUGGUAUGUACUAUUCCUUAUAGUACUUAACACUGUUUUGCUAUUGAUUCUCCCAAGUGUCUGAACUAAUUCUGUGGAGCAAUUCUGAUAAAUAACUGUACAGUCAACCUCUAUUUUUCUUCUUUUAGAAUCAUUUUGUUUUUCCCUGUAGAUGUAAUGUGUCUGUUGUUCGUGUAUCCUUAUAUUUUGUUUCAAAUUUUUUUAUGACGAAGUUGUAAAUGCGUUGCUUAUUGGCUGUUAACCAUGAUAUAUGAAAUUAACCUCUCUUUGCUAUUUAGGACUGCUAUUUCACUUUAUUUCAGCAUGUAAAGCAGGUGGGAGUUAUAACUGAGCAGCUGGCGCAACCUUGAAAUGCUGAGAAAUCUGUUAUGGGCAACUUCCAAGCAUGAUGUAUAUCUAAUGCAGAACUAUUCAGUAUUGCACUGGUCUUCAUUGCUUCGAAGGAGCAAAGAAGUACUAAAUGUAGCUAAACCAGUUGUUCCCACUCUGAAACUUCCUGGAUUGAUGUCUCAGUCACUUUCUAGAGUUCAGAUAAGCACCAUGGCGGUUAAAGAAAAUCUGGUUGUUGCUGGUGGUUUUCAAGGGGAACUUAUUUGCAAGUACCUAAAUCAUCCAGAGGUUGCAUUCUGUACAAAGAUUACAGCAAAUGAGAAUGCUAUCACUAAUGCUGUGGAUAUUUACCGAGAUUCAGUGAGUGGAAUAAGGAUCAUGACGGCAAAUAACGAUUGCAAAAUCAGGAUUUACGAUGCUGAGUGUUUUUCUUCCCUUGGUUGCUUCUCAUUCGACUGGUCUGUAAAUAACACAUCCGUCAGUCCAGAUGGUAAAAUGCUUGCUGUUCUUGGGGACAGUCCAGAUUGCUUGAUCACUGAUGCAAAUUCUGGCCGAGCUAUUGGAUGCCUUCAAGGGCACUUAGACUAUUCAUUUAGCUCAGCAUGGCACCCAAAUGGCCAUAUUCUGGCCACAGGAAACCAAGAUACAACCUGUAGGCUAUGGGAUGUGAGGAAAAUGUCGGAGUCCAUGGGUGUUCUAAAAGGAAGGAUGGGAGCUAUAAGAGCUUUAAAAUUCACAUCGGAUGGUAGAUUUUUGGCUAUGGCUGAGCCAGCAGACUUCGUCCAUAUCUUUGAUACCCAAUCUGGGUACGUUGAAGGCCAAGAGAUUGAUAUGUUUGGAGAAAUAGCAGGCAUAUCCUUCAGCCCUGAUGCUGAAUCUCUUUUUGUUGGUGUGUCGGAUCGAACCUAUGGUAGCUUAUUAGAAUUCAACAGGAGGCGUGAGAAUAGGUAUCUGGACUCCAUCAUUUAGUGCAAUCAUUCUUUUAGUGAUGUGAAUGUACGUACGUGUAAAUAACUUUCCAAGGAUUCGUAUGUGUGUGGAUUAUUAUGUAAAGGGAAAGGAGAAAAAGGUUUGUAUAUAGAAGUUGAGAGAAAAAAGAGAGGCUGCCUGUUUGGAUUUCAAGUUCAGUGCUCAAGCUUCCUUGAUUUCAACGAAAUAUUCAAAGUUCUCCUUUUUGAUCUUCAAAGUAGCACACAUGAAUUAAUAUCUGAUGAUAUUUAUUUAAAA